AUGACUACUAAAAAUGGGGUAUUCCUUUGCCAAAAUGAAAUGUUAGAUACGGGAGCCAAAAUUAUCACCAUACCAUUCUUUUUAAGGCAAAGGCUACAAAGCUCCCGCGAAGGUUGGAGGUCAGAAUAUGACAUUGCAAAUGGAUAUGAAGGAGGUUUAAGAAUCUAUCAGGUCUCAAGGUCAUGGUUAGUCUGUCUUAGUGACAAAAUCAACUGGUCAAACUGGAUACGAACUCGAUCAAUUUACUCAUGGCCAAAGAAUACUUUAAGCGUAAAUUGUGAUUUAGUUGGUCAUGAGAUUUUAGAUAACAUCCCACAUUUUAAAUCUGUAAGAAACCCUUACAUCUUUCUGAGAGACAAUAGUGUCUUUGAUCGAUUACAAGGGUUGUCUAAUU